CAGUUUAUGUAGACAGUGUGAGCGCUGUUUCUAAUACAAAAGGACACCUUCACAGGUUCAACACAGACGAGGAUUCUCAUUUCUCUUGUUACCGCCAGCCUCAGGUAUGAGGGCCUGCUUAGUAUUCAUUUGCUUACUGUCAGCAACAUUUGCCCUGUCUGUCAAAAGUAAACAUCAUGGAAAACAUCAUGGAUUGCAUAAGACUUCACAUAAAACAAAAGAAAAGGACAUCGUCGCAGAGGAGCCCAACGAGCCACAGAUCUUACCAACUUUAGUCACAUUUGAGGCCAGCAGCCAGGAGCAAGACGAUGAGGAACUGAGCUCCCAAGACAAUGCUAAUGCUAAUGCUAGCAAGCAGGAGGAAGAGUUUGAGGUGACUGAAAAGAGCGAUAAACCUACAGCAGUCCUGCUUAGUGAAGAGGAGUUGGUGGACCUCCUGAAGAAAGAAGCAGAAGAAGAGCAGGAAGCUGAAGAAAGAGUGCUAGAAGAAGAUGAAGAUGAGAUGGACAAAGGCAAGGAGGAGUCUGAUGAGACUGUGGAGACCAUUGAGGAGGGUGAGGGACAGGAGGAAGAUGACAAACUAGAGAUGGAAGAAAAAGAAGUAAACAAAGAGAUUGUUGGAGAUGCAGAAAUGCUGGAGAAAGAAGAAAAAGAGGUGGAAAAGUCUGGCGAAAUAGUAACAGACGGAAAGACGUUGCUGGAGGAAACAGAUGGUAGCACCGAGUCUGAGAUCCCUGUUGAUCUUGACUACGCUGCUGAUAGUGGCAUCUUACCUCUACAGAUUCUAUCUGUUAAAAUAAAACCCCACACUCAUGACAUCCAGCCUCCUUCAAAAGAAGACAUCAAAGAGAAGGAAACCAGUGACAAAACACUGCCCACCAUUGCAGAUGAAGAAGAUGUCCAAAACACUCAAGCAGUGGACCCUGAAGAACCAAAGAGCAAUACAGAGUUUGAAUCAGAGUCCCGACUGGCAGGAAAGGAAGAGGAGAAAAGCAAAAAUGACAGUGGAAGCAACACCAAGGGAAAGACAAGGAAGCAGAAGAAGAACAAGCGUGCGAGGAAGCACUCUCCACAGAGUGAGGAAACACAGUCUGGACAGGAACAGAGCCAACAAGAUCCUCAGCCAUCUGAAGCCAGCAGCAUUGACAAUACAGUUCAAAAGGCAAAGAGGAGAAGGGCAGGAAAAUGGGGCCCUCUAGUCGGAAUGAAUCCAGUGCAGAUAAGAGCGACAGUGGAUCUCUACCCAGGAUCCAGGCCCUCUCCUGGUGGAGGCGUACAUCGCCCAGAAGCCCCUGCCGAUCCAUGUGACAACUUCCCCUGCAAACGUGGAAAGACAUGUAAACUUGAUGCGGACAAAAAGCCAGGCUGCGUGUGUCAAGAGCCGGCAGAUUGUCCUCACAGUGCCAAUGAGUUUGAUAAUGUUUGUGGCACAAACAACAAAACAUACGAUACAUCAUGUGAACUCUUUGCCACUAAAUGCAACCUGGAGGGCACUAAGAGAGGACACAGACUUCACAUGGACUACACUGGGCCAUGCAAAUUAAUACCUCAAUGUGUGGACACUGAGCUGGUCCAGUUCCCAUUACGAAUGAGGGAUUGGCUGAAGAAUGUUCUCCUGCAGCUUUUUGAACAUGACUCCAUGUCUCCUGGCUUCCUCACGCCUAAACAACGUUUUAGAGUGAAGAAAAUCUUUGAGAGUGAGAGGCGUCUGCAUGCUGGUGAUCACUCCGUUGAGCUGCUGGCGCAGGACUUUGAGAAGAACUACAACAUGUACAUCUACCCAGUGCACUGGCAGUUUGCACAACUGGACCAACACCCAUCUGACAGAAUCUUGUCCCACUCAGAGCUGGCCCCACUUAGAGUCCCUCUGGUGCCGAUGGAGCACUGCACCUCCCGCUUCUUUCAAGAGUGCGAUGCUGACAAGGACAAGCAGGUGUCCUUUAAAGAGUGGACUUCCUGUUUCGGUAUCAAAAAUGAUGAUAUGGAUGUCAACCUGCUGUUCUGAGCUCCACUUUGUACCUCACCUACAACACAAGCCUGUUUAAGCUGCUCCAACAGCCUGAAGCAUCCAUGAACCUCUGCAACAUUAUGAAAUCUGACAGAUACAGAUUGUAGAAACUCCUUUUUAUUUCCUGCUACAGAGGGCAAGUGUUGGUGGUAGUUCCUGUUGUCGUGUGUCAAGCUAAGCUUGGACAUUUGGAUAUUUGUUCUGUAAUUUAGACUGAGCAGCUAGAAUCAUUAUAUUAUAAUAUAAGAAACUGUUUUAUUUAGCUGGUUUUAUCCAGAAAGGUAUUUCUAAUGCAUUCCAAAUUGGGGAAAAGUUUACAUCAGCUCAUUAUUAGAAAAGUUGUUGUACAUAGUACCAGGCUUCAAAAUAAUAACUGUGGUUUGUAUGUAAGAGUGAUUUAGUCGAUAAUUACUCUUUAAAUCAAGAUAAUACAACCUUGUGUUACAAAAUGUUUAAAAAAAAAUCUUGUGUUUCUUAUCUUAGUAGCUAAAUGCUGUAAAUGUUUGUCUUUGCAUUCACGUUUCAUUGUAGAUCUAAGUAAGGCUUUAUUGACAGCUGAGGACUUGAAUAUUUCAGUGCACACGUUGUUAAUGAUGACUUUCUU